GCUCACCGCCCCGCGCGUGGUCGGGGACCUCCCGGGACGCCUGUUCUCGGCGGGUCCCUGGUGGGGGGUGGGCGCUGCGGCGCCGCUGCCGGGGAGCCAGCCCCCUCGCCGGCCCCUGCCGGCCCUGUAACCCCGGGCCGCUCUCCCAAGCAGGCCUCCGCUUCCUCGGCGGUGAGACGGGUCAGAGCAGUGCGCACCCCGAGGCUGGGAGCCCCGGGUGGGGUGCGGGCAACGUAACGCCCCGCGUUGCCCCCCGCGCUCAGCGUUAGGCGUUUUCUGGAUGGGGCGCAGGGCGCGGGCCCCGCACGCCGCGAAUGCUUAGGGACCUGAAUGCGGCAGGAUUUUGCGGACGAACGUGGGUUGGAGACGAGCUCCUGCCCGGGAGAGUCGCUCAGGUAGAGCUCAGGUCCCUUGUUGUCGUUCAUUUCUGGGCACCAUGGGCUCCACAGUGUGUGCAGAUGAACGACGUCAUGGCAGAGUUAGCCAAAGGACAUCCCCAAGUUUCAUUUGUGAAGUUGGAAGCAGAAGCUGUUCCUGAAGUAUCUGAAAAAUAUGAAAUUAGUUCUGUUCCCACCUUUCUGUUUUUCAAGAAUUCUCAGAAAAUUGACCAAUUAGAUGGCGCACAUGCUCCGGAGUUGACCAAAAAAGUCCAGCGGCACGCCUCCGUGGGCUCCUUCCCACCCAGCGGCAGCGAGCACCCUAAAGAAGACCUCAGCCUUCGCCUGAAGAAGCUGACGCACGCGGCCCCCUGCAUGCUGUUCAUGAAGGGGACCCCGCAGGAGCCUCGCUGUGGUUUCAGCAAGCAGAUGGUGGAAAUUCUUAACAAACACAAUAUUCAGUUUAGCAGUUUUGACAUCUUCUCAGAUGAAGAAGUUCGUCAGGGCCUCAAAACCUAUUCCAACUGGCCCACCUACCCCCAGCUCUACGUGUCUGGAGAGCUCAUAGGAGGACUUGAUAUAAUUAAGGAGCUUGAAGCAUCUAAAGAACUAGAUACAAUUUGCCCCAAAGCUCCCAAAUUAGAGGAAAGGCUCAAAGUACUGACAAAUAAAGCCUCUGUGAUGCUCUUUAUGAAAGGAAACAAACAGGAAGCUAAGUGUGGAUUCAGCAAACAAAUUUUGGAAAUACUAAAUAGUACUGGUGUUGAAUAUGAGACAUUUGAUAUAUUGGAGGAUGAAGAAGUUCGGCAAGGAUUAAAAACGUUCUCCAACUGGCCAACGUACCCCCAGCUGUAUGUGAAAGGAGAGCUUGUUGGAGGGCUGGACAUUGUUAAGGAACUAAAAGAAAAUGGUGAAUUGCUGCCUAUGCUGAAAGGGGAAAACUAAUAAAUGUUAACCUUGGUGCCCAAUUAUUGCAAGAAACCUUUCAUCACAGCAGAGCAGUUCAUGCGUUAGUCAUCAGAAAUGGACUAGGAGAAGAACAAUGCAUCUUCCCCGUUUUCGCUUUGUGUAUUCCACAAGGUUGUGCUAAAUGAAUAUAUGUUACAUUUUUUUCCACCAAAAAUAGAAUACAAUAAACAUGUUCAAAUUAAUUAAAAAUAAUUGUGUAAUAAAUGUGCCUCUUUACAGUGAUGUUAAACAUACCGUUACCGUAAUU